UCCUCUACCAGGUCCAUUUCCACUUCCAAUAAUUGGAACCAUUUAUAUGUAUUUUGGCGAUUUAGGUAUAUUAUUCCUUAAUCUUCAAAAAAAAUAUGGUGGAAUUUUUGAAUUAUAUAAUGGUCCAGCGCGUGUAAUCUGGGUAGGAGACGCUCAACUUAUCAAGAAGAUGCAUAUUCCUUCAACAAAAACAAACUUUCCUUUUCGUUCCAGGCAUUCAUGGAUCGAUGAAGUUGCAAUCAAUACUGUUGGAAAAGGAAUUUUUUUUAAUCAUAAUUUAGAUUCUUGGAAAUAUAAUAGAAGAAUUUUAACUCAAACUGUUAUGUUACCUUCAUUUUUACGACAAUUUUUAAAAACUACUGAACAUGCUUUCAAAGAGUUUCAAGGUCAUCUAAGUAAUUUAAGAAAAGAAUGUAAUAAUAAUGAAGUCGAUUUAUCCAAGUGGAUUGUCAAAAUCCAAUCUGAAUUAUCUUCUCGUACAUCUACUGGUAGACCUGCAAAAACUCUGCUUUCUUAUUAUAACAAACUUUCAUCAAAUGGUUCAAAAGUCUCAAAACUUCAAUCAACCGAAGAAUUAAUCAACCGACUUCGAACAUGGCUAGUUACUGCGCAAUUCGUUUAUUUCUUACCAAGAUAUUUAAGAUUUUGCCCUCCAUUAUAUUACUUUCAAUGGAAACAUCAAAACAAUAUUCAAUGGUUAGAUGAUUAUUUAACCAAUCUUAUAAUUAAUAGAAAAAAAGAAAUUGAAAAUACUCCUAAAGAUAAACCUUUAG